ACUGCUGACUCGAGUCUCAUGUGCGCAGUUCUCUCCCACCGAGCGGACGGCUGAACUCAUACAACUGGGAAUCCGGUGGGUUUCGUGAAGAACGAUAGAGGGCGAACAUCCAGCUGAUCGGGAGAAGCUGGAUCGAAGUGAAGUGCUUGCUUUCCCUGAAAGUGUGAAGGACGAGAAUGCCUAAGGUCGACAGUCGCCGAUUCAAGUAUCAUCAGGCUGCGAAGAAGCGCCAAGAGAAGAACCCAGAUGGUUCCGCAAAAAUCACUGCUGCCGAUCAGCCGGCGCCGCAUACAUCCGCCGCCACGGUCAAUCCCUCUGUUGGAUCGGAAAUAGACUUGGACCGUCUUAUCAUGCCUCCACCGCAACAUUGGGACCGAAAAACCCUUGUCGGCAUCCAUAAGAAGAUCACCCAAGGAAAGAAUAAGAAAGAGAAAGCCAGGGCUCGGAGGAGCCUUCUUCUCAAACGAUUGGAAGCCUCGGAUGCGAUCAUCAAAGAGAUGGUGGAAAGCAAACGUCGGGAGGAAGCUUCCAUCGCGGAGCCCGACGCAAGUGUCGAGCAUAACAGAGAUUCCCAGCAGAGAUCAAGGGAUGGUCAAGGCACGAGUAGCGGUGUGGAAAUGCCUUAUUGGGCCAGAAACCGGACGCCCAUGAAACGCGAUCGAAAACACAAAGACAUGCUGCAGGACAUCGAUGUUUUCAAUAAAGUCCUUCAAGACGAGCAUUUCAAAGCUAAUCCAGGCGAAAUCAUGUUGAAUCACCUGAGUAUCCUGAUUCAGAGGGAGUACCUGGACGAACUCAACACGCGGAAGCAAUAAAUGUACUAGGUCACGUGUCAUUGACUCCGCUUACUGAGCUGUGCUCUGAUGUGUAGUUAGGAUUC